AGAAUUUGCUGAGCAUUUUUGUUCUCUCGCGACUUCUAGCUUUCUUCAAUUCAUGCCUCAACGACUUUAAAUUUUGAAUCCGACACGAGGCACGAGUUGAAACCGAAACAAAGCGACAUAAAGUGUUGAGAAAGAACAGAGUUUAAUCUCUCGAUAAAGAAAGACACGCGAGUUUAUCGAAAUCUGGUUAUAUGGCAUUAGUGAUCGUUUUGAAUCUUGUCUCAUAAAUUGUCCUACAGUCAGAUUCAUAUAAACAUUCGUAGAGAUGGACGAGGAGAACGUGUUACACGUAGAAAUAUGUCAACAUGCCAACAGUAUUUUAUCAAAAACCAUAAUUGAAGAGAGAGUAAAUGCCGAAUUACAAUUAUUGGACGAGAUUUCUCUUGAUGUUAUUUUGUAUGGUAAAGAUGCUACGAAUACAAUUAUAAAAGAUCACGUUGAAUCUAUGAUAUGCUCAUCUGACUAUGCAGAGAGAGGAAAGUUUAAAAUUCGUGGAGCUACCAUUAAAUAUUACAUUUAUAGACUGACACAAGAGGAUGCUGCCAUAGAAACAAUGAAAUGUGACUCUGACGAAUUGCCAGUUGCAGCUCACUGGUUAUUACCAGCACAAGAAUUUCACUACAUGUGGGAAAAUCUGUAUUAUGAUUGUGAUAUUAAAAAUAACUUAUUACGUUUCGUGGAGACUACAAUGUUAUUUUCUGAUCACGCUGUAAAUUCUAAUAUUAUAAGCUGGAAUAAAGUGGUUUUGUUGCACGGUCCUCCAGGUACAGGCAAAACUAGUAUGUGCAAAGCUCUCUCUCAGAAAGCUGUCAUUCGUAUGGGAGAUCGCUUUACCCAUGGAAAAUUUAUAGAGAUCAAUAGCCACAGCUUAUUUUCAAAAUGGUUCUCAGAGAGUGGAAAACUUGUUAUGAAAUUGUUCGACGAAAUAAAGAAUUUGGUUCAAGAUGAAAAGGCACUGAUAUGCAUAUUAAUCGACGAGGUAGAGUCACUAGCUCACGCACGUAAAUUAUGCAGCAACGGAACUGAACCAUCUGAUUCUAUACGCGUUGUGAACGCCCUACUUACACAGUUGGAUCAAAUAAAACGAUAUCCAAAUGUUUUAAUUUUGACAACAAGCAACAUGACGGAAGCUAUAGAUCUUGCGUUUGUCGAUCGAGCGGACAUCAAGCAGUAUCUCGGAUAUCCAUCCGAAGUUGCUAUUUACAAUAUUUAUCAUUCGUGCCUGAAGGAAUUAAUGAGGACUGGAAUUUUGGAAAAAGAAGAGAUACAUGACAUAUCGCAGUUAAAAGUACUUGGAUACUCAGAAUAUGCAGAUACUAAGAAUAGUCUAAAACUGUUAGAAUUGAGCCGCGAGAGUGAAGGCUUAACUGGUCGUACAUUACGAAAAAUACCAUUUUUGGCGCAUGCUCUUCAUAUAUCUACGAACAAAAUAACACUGCCCAAAUUUCUGAAAGCUAUGCAUUCAGCUAUUCUGAAACAAGAUCAGCAAGAAAACGAUUUGCAGCAAUCAUGAACAAAUUAUUCCUCUUCUAUUUACUGUAAUACUAUUUUAUAUAUAUAUAUAUAUAUAUAUAUAUAUAUAUAUAUAUAUAUAUAUUUAAUAAUACGUUUUGUCUAAUUUAUUUUCGUAUAUAUAAUAAACGAUUGUCAUAAAAAAAAGAUGCUUAUUCUUUGUUUGAGCCAUUUA